AUGUCUGGAAACCCCGAAGAUUGGCGGAAAGUCACAGGUAUCGGCCACGGCAAGGACUGGGGCGCGCCAACCGCGUACCCCAAGAAUGGGACUGCCUGGGGAAAGGCAUUGAACCCAUCAGCCAACAACAACGACACCAACAACGACAAGGAUUCGCCUGCUACACCUGCAAAGGGCUUGAACGCCGCGGCUCCGUCUUUCACUCCGGGUGGAGGAACUGCGAAGAAGUAG